AUGUCCGGAUUCGACAUCAACCAGCUCGGAAACAUUGCCCAAGGCUUCCUCAACAAUCAGGGUGGCAACAACAACAAUAACAACAACAACAACAAUAACAAUGGUGACAACCAGCAGCAGCAGCAGCAGCAAGGAAACGGCGGAUUCGACCUUGGUCAGCUCGCUAGUCUUGCACAGAACUUCAGCUCGGGCAACCACGACAGCUCGCUCUUCUCGCAGGCCGCUAAGUUUGUGCAGAACCAGGGCGGCAACCAGAACGUUGACGAGCAGAAGCUGUUGCAGGACCACGACGAGGUGAACAACCAGCCGGGUGCCAACUCUUCUGGUCAAAUUGGCAACGCUGCAGCGCUGGCGGCCAUCAAGUCGGUCCUUGGCGGCGGUGGGCAGCAACAGCAGGGUGGUAGCUUGCAGCAGAAGCUUAUGAGUGCUGCUAUGAGUCACGCUGCCGACCUUUUCGACCAGAAGGAUUCACAGGGCCAAGCUCAGGGCAACAAGCAGGACGCUGUCAAUCAGGCUGCGCAGAUGGCCAUGAGCCUAGCUAUGAAGAACCCCUCGUUGCUCGCUGGACUGAUCGGCGGCGGCAACUCGGGUGGCCUCGGAGCUCUCGCUGGUAUGCUCAAGUAA